AUGGCCGACUCAUCGUCAUCAUCCUCACAGCCUCCUGUGCCGCCAUCGUCGCAACCACCAGCCUCAUCUCAGAUCACUUCACAGUCACACGAGCUCCCACCGCCGUUAUCAACAUCCACAUUACCUGCGGGAGGGCUGUCGGCAUCUGCCGAACCUGCAGUGGUACUGAAACGCGAACCAGACACGACAGACGGCACAGCCCUCGACGUUUCUAUCGAGCAGGAUAUCGAGAUGGCCAAUACCGGGGGCGCAAACGAGGGAGAGAACACGGUCGCGCCUGGAGGCUCUGCCCAGGAUGCACUUCCUACGUCCGUCGAUGCCAUAGCGGCCGCGGUGGCACCGUCGAAGAAGGAGACGAGUUUGCGCGAGUUUUUGGGGAAGAUGGACGAAUAUGCGCCUAUUAUCCCAGACGCCGUCACAGCCCACUACCUCACGCUCGCCGGUCUACCGCCCCCAGGAAACGGACCGAAUCAAACUCCCCCACAUCUCGCCCGACUACUCGCCCUAGCGACACAGAAGUUCAUCGCCGACAUCGCUGCGGAUUCAUAUCAGUAUGCACGCAUCCGCGCCUCGAACAGCUCCUCCGCCAACAACCCCAUGGGCAGUCUCAACGCCGCCUCGGGUCUUAACGUCCCCGCCGGUGCUGCUGGCGCUGGCGCCGCAGGUGGUGCGGGAGGCGUCUCCGGCGGCGACGCGGGCAAAGGCAAAGCGAGCACGCAUCUGGGUAUCCAGCGCCCUGGUUUUGGCGGUGGUGGCUCCGGUGGCUCUGGCCAAGGUCGCACAGUACUCACCAUGGAAGAUCUGGGCAUGGCAGUGUCGGAGUAUGGAGUGAGCGUCAAGAGAGGGGAGUUUUACCGGUAG